CUGAUCAUCCUGCAGGAGCUCCAACUGUAGGAUGAAGCAAACACCUUGCUGGAAAGUGAUAUUGGGAAGUCAAUCUGUUCAGCCAGCCUUGUGUGUAAUGAGACUCGCAGGGAAAUCUAGUGUGAACAUGGUCUAUACAAGGAUGAGGGGGAACGGGCUCAAGAGAAGAUCAAAAACAAGUGAGCGAGCAUCAGAUGUUACUUUUGAUGUAAUCUGAUUUGUACAUGUAUGAGAGCACUCUGGUUGACUUGAUAGAAAAGUACUUCUUCCAGUUUGGCGAUAAGGUGUGUUGUUUCAAAGAUUUGCAUCCUUGUGUAGACCUUGGCACUGAUGCGAAAUUGCAAUGGAUAAGUUUCCAUGCAUCUCAAGAAUCCUCCUUUGCUACUACAGGUGAUCUGCAAUGGGUGAUAAAUCUAUCCACAGACAAAGAGUUGUAUUUGGCAUCUACCUAUAUCAAAGAGUACAUGGUGGGACUAGAGUUGGAUUCCAGCUUGCCUGUAACUGAACAUCAGCCAGCUGAUGAUAUCACAAUCCUUAUUGGCCAUGUGUUUGUCAGCCUGUGGACAAUGACCAAGGACAAGAGCUAUCUAUACAAUGCUGCUGUUGUGCUGGAGUUUGCUUUGAUGAAGAGUUGUAUGUCGUUCCAGAUUCAGUUGCUACUUGUAUGCAUAUACCAUCUACUUGGAGCCUCAUCAUUGGCUCUGGACCACUACUGUGCCAUAAAUAUAAAACAAGUCCAAGAUGACACUCUUUCCCACUUUCUUCUCACACAGGCAUCGACCUUCUCCCUUUCUGCAUCUGGGGACCUGACAUACCCUUCAGAAUGCAUAGAAUCAAGCCAGAUUUAUGUCAGUAAUUCCCAAGAUAUUUUUACACUCUUGUGCUUUCAGGAUGGUGAUCCCCUACAGAUACCAGAAUUUGUCUCUUUUGAUGACAAGUUGGAGAACUCCCUCCAAUGUGAUGUCAUUAAGCUUGAGCAUGUUUGCAUGCAGAUGACGCAUGAGCCUAUCAAUUCUGAUCUGAUUGACAUGGAGCUGAUAGAGCUGAAUGUAAUACACAUAUGUUUUCGACUCCUGUUCUCAAUCCACCAUGACAACUGGGACUUUGGCAUGCUGCCCAAUUAUCAACCAGCAUGCCAGCCUUUGUUGAAUGACCAGACCCUGAUGUUUGGCAGCUCAACUGGACAAGGAUGGCUGUGGUAUUUUAUCAAAAUCUACAUAUGUGCUUUCCAGCAUGCUAGUGAUCUGGAUGAUAUUGUCAAGGAGAAGCUACUGAUUGGUGACCAACCAAAGAAGAGCCCAGAACCAGAAGUCCAACUUCCUCUCAGGGAACAUCUAGCUGUCCGAACACCUGAAGAAGCAGCAGAGGCCAGUGACUGGCUUGCCAACAAGCAGAAUGAGCUUAGGACCAGGCUCCCACUUAGGGGUGUUGACCUCAAAGCCCUAAAUGGUGACACCAACAUCAAUGGUCAUGCAAAGAAGGACGAAGAAGCUCCUCCUGUGAAGGAACCAUCUCAAUUGGUAGCACAAUUCUUCAAGUAUAUGCACACUCACUUCAUGCUGUUACAACAGAGCCAAAACCUCCCCUCAGACCUACCACAUGUAGCAACACUCACCCAAGAGGCUUUCCUUCUCUUUGCAGUAGGAUCUCAUCACUUCAAGACCACAUCUGUUGUCAAGAUUCACAAAUUGGGGGCACUUGUGCAAUUACUCAAGGAUAUUCGCUUGAAGGCCUGCACAGUACUCAAGACAAUGUCAAACAACCUUUUGAAGUUGGGCGAGGUGGCUGGCUUUAUUGAGUCUUGUAAACCAAUCACUGACUUCCCGACACUGCAUCAUGAUUUUGUGCUCAAUAUUGCAAAGAGUGUCAGCAAGUCACGCAAAAAAGUACUCAAGGGCAUUGGUAAAGGAAUGGUCAAGAUUUGUACCAAUUAUGGCCAGUAAGCCGGCCCUCCAUUUUCGAUACUGACAUCACAUAUUACUUUCACCUACACUGCUCCCCACUCACUACUCAUGCUACU